CUUUGACGGAUGUCACCAGUACUCGAAGCAAAAAUAAAUAACAAUUAGAAUUUAAAGUGUAUUGUAAACUAAACUUUUGAUGAAAAAUGAUUGAAAACAAUACUGAAGAAACGUUUAAUGAAGAUCUAUCAGAAAAAUCACUUAUAUUGAGCACUCCCGAUACAGAAAACAUUGAUUACAGUUCCGAAAAUCUAUAUGCAUACCCGGCAUUGUUUACGAGCAAAGCACUAGUAGAAUUAUGUAGUGCAUCCUGGUCCCGGUCACCCAAAGUUACACAGGAUAUACAACCUUAUUUAAGGGGUUGUAAAUGGUCACCAGAUGGAACAUGUUGUCUGUGUGUGGUUAACAACGAUGGAAUACAUGUUAUGGAACUGCCUUGUGAUCUUUAUAGUGGUGAUGUUACCGCUAAUAGAACCAUAGAUGUUUUGGAACCAGUUAUUCAUGUAAAGGAAGCUGGUUUAGUGUAUGACUUUUGUUGGUAUCCUGGGAUGAGUAGUAGUGUCCCUGAAAGCUGUUGUUGGAUAACAACGAAACAAAAUGCACCAAUACAAAUGUGGGACGCAUUUGAUGGGUCAUUAAGGUGUUCGUACAGAGGUUUCAAUGCUGUUGAUGAAAUGGAACCAGCUAUAUCAUGCACAUUUAUAGCUGAUGGUUCUAGAAUAGUAGCUGGUUAUAAAAAAGUAUUGCGGACAUUUGAUGUUGAAAGACCUGGUAGAGAAUUUUGUGAACACAAAAUUAAUUCUCCAGCAUCAUGCUUUACCACAAAUAGUAACUUAUUAGCUGUAGGCUCGUGGAAUACAAGUAUUUCUCUUUAUAAUAUCAGUGAAAUGGGAACAUAUAAGAGUAUUGGAAAAAUGCACGGACAUGCAGGUGGGGUAACACACAUGAAAUUUACAAAUGAUGGUUUACGGCUAGUGUCUGGUGCAAGAAAAGAUCACAGAUUGUUAGUUUGGGACAUCCGAUACUACAGAAGGCCUCUUAACAUACUCAGUAGAGCAGUUGAUACCAAUCAGAGAAUAUACUUCGAUAUAUCACCUUGUGGAAAGUAUUUAGUCACUGGUGGCAGCGACGGUAGUGUAAAAGUAUGGGAUUUAAAUAAAAUAAAUUGGAAGGAUGAAUUAGAUGCAAUGGAUGAUACAGAUAAUGUUUCCUAUAGAUUUCCUCUACAUAAAGACUGCUGUAAUAGUAUAGCGAUACAUCCAUGCAGACCUAUACUAGCCACUGGAUCUGGGCAGUACCAUUUUGCAGACCCCCUAAGUGCUAUUGAUAAUGAAUUGAAUGAAUAUAAUACUAUGAGUGAAGACAAUGGUUUUAGUGAUAUUAAAUAUUCUAUUGAUGCAGAGAACAGUUUAGUGUUCUGGUGGAUAGGUGAUGUGCCUGAUUUGACGUGAAAAACUAGUGUUAGUUUUUGUACACCUGAAAUAAAUUUUGUUAAAAUA